CUCAGGCUGGAGCUGAGUAACGGGUGCAGGGCACGAGCUGUUCGGACGGACUGCGGGGGCUUUAGUGCGCUAGUUUAUCGGUGUUUUAGCGGGUAAAUAGAGCGAAAUCGGCUGUCAGUGCGAGAUAAACUACUUACACAGACUGUAGGCGCGUGUUUUAGCUUGUAGAUGCAUAGCUGAUGACAGAUAUCGACCUGUUAUUUCUCUUUUUUUAAUUGUCUUGUCUUGUUUUACCGGGGCGUGAUUCAUACAAACAAUCUGUUUACUCAGUUUUAGCUACGUACUACUAACAGACUAAAAACAAUUAAAACUCUCUGUUUAAGCGCUUUUAUUUAGUUAGACAGUUAUAAAAGGCUGUAUAACUCGCGUGUAUAUUGAGUAAGGUCAGUAUCAGUGUGCAGGGAGAGUUUUAUAUGAGCUGUAUUGGGAUUAUUUUUGUAGUUAGUGUUCUGGAGGCAGCAGCAGUAGUAGUAUUAGUAGUAAGAGGAGGCUCCGCUGUGUUUAGAGAUGUCUAGCCUGUCUGUGGCAGCAGGGCAGGAGCAGGGGGAAGGACAGGGGUAUCUCCAGGCUCCAGCAGCGCAGAAGAGCAUCAGUCAGGUCGUGGUUCCCGGGCAGCAGCAGCCCCAGACCGUGUUCGUGAUUUUGGAUUCCUCCGCUGAGUCUCUGAAUCUCAUCAGUGUGGAGCCGCUUUUACCUGAGUCUGGAAUCGUGGCAGAUAUCGAGGUGGACGGCAUCCUUGCGUCUGAUUCGGACACGUUUUACCAGCUGAAGAGUCAGCCCAUCGCUCUCAGCGGCUCCGUGACCCCUGCUGACCCCGUGGUGACCCCGGGUGCCUCAGCGAUGACGUCGCGAGUGUUGAUGAGGCAGGAGCUGAUGAGGCAGCAGGCCCAGGACCAGGAGAGAAGAGAAGCCCAGCAGCAAGCAUCCAGCGCUCAGCUACGUUCCACCGAUGCCUCGCCCGCCAUAGCUGUGUCCUCCUCGCUGCCCUCGGCCCGGCCCACGCCCACACAGGUCCCCAUGGAGGUGCUGAAGGUUCAGACUCACCUGGAGAACCCGACUAAGUACCACAUCCAGCAGGCCCAGAGGCAGCAGGUCAAACAGUACCUCUCCCACACCCUGGGCAACAAGGUAGCCAGUCAGACGCUGGCCACAUCUCCUUCGCCACAGUCAGGCUCCGCCCCCGAACUGGCUCCCGCCGCCAGCAGCACUCCCAGCAGCCCCCUGGCCGUGCUCAGCCUGAGCUCCAACAAAGAGGAGAUCGAGGACGUCAUCGAUGACAUCAUCAGCCUUGAAUCCAGCCUGAACGAUGGGUUUAUGACGCUGAUCGACUCUGGCCUGCAGCUUCCCAGCACGCUGCCGGUCUCAGGAAACAUCCUGGAUGUGUACAGCAGUGCCGGGAUGGCCACACCCACCAUCACCGUCAGCAACUCCUGUCCUGCAGACCUGCACAAUGUCAAGAGAGAGCUGUCAGGUGCUUCAGCAGAUUAUGCUGAGGCCAAAGCUCUCAUUAAGGAACGGCAGAAAAAGGACAACCACAACCUCAUCGAAAGGCGGAGAAGAUUCAACAUCAACGACCGUAUUAAAGAACUGGGAGCGCUAGUCCCCAAGUCAAGCGACCCCAGUGAGAUGCGCUGGAACAAGGGCACCAUCCUGAAGGCGUCGGUGGACUACAUCCGUAAACUGCAGAAGGAGCAGCACAGGGCUAAAGAGAUGGAGCUGAGGCAGAAGAAGCUCGAGCACGCCAACCGCACACUCCUGCUUCGCAUACAGGAGUUGGAGAUGCAGGCUCGUGUGCACGGCAUCGCCUCCACCCAGGGUUCAGACUCCACCCUCCUCCAGCAGCAGCAGCAGCAGCAGCAGCAUCAGACCACCAUUCUGGAUUCCAGCAACGAACCCCACAGUAAAACCCUCCUGACGCUGUGCGGCCCGGGGCUCAACCAAACCACCAUCUCCACUCUACUCUCCCCUCCCCCCUCCGCCUCUCCAGUGGGCGGAGCCAUGACCGUCCCCCUGGACCUCGGAACUCUCAGCUUCGGCGAGCUGGACGACCCCACCUCCUCCAUGUUUACAUCCACCCUAAUGGGGGAGAUGGACCUGGGGGAUAUUUUGAUGGACGAUGCGGGCGCACUGUCUCCAGUGGGGGGCGGCGACCCCCUGCUUUCCUCGGUCUCCCCCGGAGCCUCCAAGACCAGCAGCCGCAGAAGCAGUUUCAGCAUGGAUGAGGAUUUGUGACGGACGUGAUUUGAACGUGAUUUGAACAUGAUUUGAACGUGAUUUUAGGCGGUCGGCGGUCUGAAGUUGAGUUUUGAUCUGCGAGACUUUUAUUAUGAAAGCACAGAGCCGCGUCUCUGUCUUUGCUCGUGCUCCUGCCUCGUAAAGUGGCCAGUAGAGGCCAGUGUUUCACAAGGUCAAUUGUUUUUAAUCAUAGUACUGUAAAAGACCCACACGCAGUGUGGCUAUGAUUCACUGCUGAGAUGCUUCAACACUCCCUUACGUUUACCUCAACCAGUGUGAGGUACUGGGGAUUAGAAGAGUGUGCAGAAGCCGAGUGGCAAACUGAUGCAGGUAGAUUAGGAUUUGUCUCUUUUGUUGUACUGAUAUAGAGAAGCUAUAAACUGCAAAAUGAAAUAACUUGGGAAGUGAAAUCAUCUGUAAUCCAGUCAAAAUAUUUCCAGUCAGUAUUUUGAGAUUACUUGUUUUAGAGCUUAUUUUUAUACCAUUUAAAGACACUUUUUAAAUAAUUAUAUGUUGUUUUCUGGUUUUAAGCAUUGUAUCCAAAAGAAAAAAAGCUAAACUAUGUUGUCUUAAACUAUGUGAAAUUUGUCUAAAAGUUAAAAGUCCACAUUAAAUAUAUCAAAUAGUCAUGUAAUAAUAUGCAAAAAAAAGCCCAGCAGGAACUGGAUCUCACGUACAUGUCAGAAAGAGAUUAUUUGUAUUUUUUUUGUUUAAAUGUUAGUAAAAUUUAAAUUGUGGUUGGAAAUAACCAACAAGUCAAAUAUCCAGCGAAAAAAACAACAACAAUGGGUUAACAUCAAGCUCCAAGGUUAAACAGAUUUAACAGCAUGAGUCAAGAACAACAGCUUACAUACAAUGUGUGUAACAAUGUUAAAGAAAUUCACUCUGUGAGGAUGCUAAAAUUGAACUAAUAGAAUUCACCUGGUGUCACGACGAGCUGGGAUAAGAAAACGUUCAGAUUUCAGAUGGUUUCACUUGUUGUUUGUGUUGUGUUGUUCUGAGCUCACUGAUCCUGAAUUCUCCAUCAAACACAUACUAAACUAUUACACUAUUAUAUACAAGCUGACAGAUUGAUGGAUUGACAUCAAUCCUAAUAAGAACUGACUUUAUAAAGCAGACAAAAACAGGUCUGGCUAUAUAGGGGUGUGCUGAGAUCUACUGACUUUAACAAGGAUUCAGUCAUAGGUUGCCAGGCCUGUAUGGAACUCUCAGAGGGGUUGAAUACAGUUAAAUACAGAACUCUCACUGGGGGAUUGUGACAAUACACUUAAGAUCUGAAGAGACUCAUAUAAGAUCAUACAGGAGAGAUACAAGAGUUGUUGGGUUUAUGGUAAAACUGGCUGCACUGCUAUCCUACUGUUAUGUAUUUUUCUGCAUAUGAUUAAUACAUAACAUACAUGCAUACAUACAUUGAUUGACAUCUAUUACAAGAUGAGUACUUACGAAAAAAAUGAAUUUCGUUAGUUUCAGACAAAUAACAUUUUCAAUCAUAUAUUUUAACUAAUAUAUGAAAAAUAUAUAUAUAUUGUUAAAGUCUCGUGAACCCGACAGCAUGACUUGUCUCGUCUUGUGAGAUGAGUGUCUCGUCACACCCCUAUUUCUGACAGAUCAGUGUUUUUUAGGGCCGAUAUUAAUCAUCACCAAUCAUUUUCUGCUUGAUCAGCUGAUCACCAACAUCAACCAAGGGCUGAAUGCAAUGUUACCCUUUCCAGGCAAACCUGGUUAUGAUUGUGCAUCAUCGUGCAAUGCUUCUGCACUGUCAUUUAAGACUCUGUUAAACUCCUCCCACCAGGUGUGAGAGCUCUGAGUGAAUUCUGGGAGAGAUCUGUACUGUGGAGGUAGCUCAGCUGUGUUUUAUGUUGGGUCAGUGAGGCAGUGAGGCUCGAACAGGGUGUGCUUCUACCUUUAGAUCAUUGCUCAGUAUAUAUCAUGUAGCUCAUAAUUUUUAAAGGGAUAGUAGCGAUCUGCUCUUCUGUUGCUGUAUGAAUUCAGCCAUCAUUUACGGUGUGUGUGAGUGUAUGUAUGUAUGUGUGUAUAUUUCGACAUUUUGUAUGAAUAGAAAGGCUGUAUGUUUGUGUAAAUGUGUGUUUGGGUGUUUUUUUUCUGUGUAUCAUGGUUACAUAAGGAGACAAUGAGCCUUUAAGGAUGGUCUUUUAAAAGUCCCUGUGGGAAAAUGAACUGAUUGAAGCAUCCUGUUCAGAUUUGUGUUGACUUCCUGCUGGGUUUGUUCUUUGACCCCCUUCUGCAGAACUAAUGACGACGAUACUGGAGUGUGUUAAAAGCUGGGUUUCUGUCCAGGUUUUAAAGGCUCUGAAAGACGUGUGUGUGUGUAUGUGUGUGUGUAAAGCCCUAUCCGGACGGGAUUAGUUUCUCAGGGGGAAGUCUGUGAAAAAUAUUUUACACUUCUACUCAGUGAUAAAACUCCUGCAUCCGGACUGCAAUUGAAAAAACAGGAGGAUCAGUGGGUUUUUAGUCUUUCUUGGUCACAUGAAAUCGCGUUCAGUAGCUCCUCCAUUUCCACUCACUGUAACUAUGUAAUUAAGUUGCACGGCAGUGGACAAAUAGCUAUUUUAUUGAACGUGAGGAAACGAAACUCAUAGAUGUGCGUCCGGACGGGACUAAAAUUACUGGAGGACCACGGAGUUCAGCAAAAAACAGUAGAUAAUUCAGCCUGUAUUUUUUUUUUAGAGGACGUCUGAGAAAAAAACAUACAUGGUCGUUCUGGACAGGAAUAAAAUCACAGAGGAUUAAACCCAGAACCCCCUAAAAUAAACGAAUACCGUCCUGAUAGGGCUAUGUGUGUCUGUGUCUGUGUGAAGUGGAUGCAAGAUGAAUGAGCUGUGUGUGUGAGAGUAUGAGUGUGUGUGUGUGUGUUGUCCACUGUCUGACGGCUCCCAGAGGUUUUUUUUUUUGCCACGUCUGUCUGUUUUUAUUUGACGUUUUAUUUACUGAUACUGAUGUCCCCGGGCUAAAUGCCUCUCCAUAUGCAAACAACCGCAAGACAAGACAGCAUGUUUAUUUCGCUGGUGUUUUGGCUGGGUGAUGCACUGAUUCAGGAGUUCUGGGGACAAUGCUGAUGUCUGAUCUGAUCUUUUCUGUGUGCAUACUAUCUGUUCAUACUGAUACAUGAGAUAUAAAAUACAGAGAAUUAUAUUAUUAUGCAUUUGUAGAGGAUUACAGUGUAACUGUAAAUACAGACACAAAUAAAUAAUAAAGUACAGACAUUUUAGUGCA